AUGUCGCAGAACAUUUUGCUUGACUCCAACAUCCGUGACUGGGUGCUUUUUCCCCUCAUCGCCAUCGUCAUUUUCGUUGGCAUGUUGCGCCACUACGCCGGCCUCCUCAUGAAGUCGCCCCCAAAGCCCAAGAUAAAUAAAAUGUGCUGUGUUAACAUAGCGAACUACGGCAGGCUACUUCUGGGGGAGGGCAAAGCGCUCUCACCGGAGGCAUUUCAACGGCGCGCGGAGGCAAUGCGGCAAGGCCCGCUGCAGAAAAAGGUUGAGCUGGACGCUAUGGAGAUGAUGAACGAUCCCUCUAUGAUGGGAGAAAUGAUGAAGAACAACAUUCUCAUGAUGGUGCCAAACAUGGGUAUGAUGAUGCUGGUUUCUUACUUCUUCUCUGGGUUUGUGGUGGCCAAAUUUCCAUUUGGACUUGCCUCACGGUUUCGUGGCAUGAUGCAAAGCGGCGUAGACAUCAUCAACCUUGAUUGCAAUUACGUGACGUCUCUCAGCAUGUACUUUCUGAUUAUGUUUGGCUCCAACGGCAUCCUGCAAUUGUUGCUUGGCGCAGAUGCGGAUGGCGGCGAGCAGGCACUGAUGUUGUCCCAAAUGAGUGGCGCCAACCCACAACAGCCGGUGGAUUACGGGAAGGUGUUCAAGUCUCUCGCGGAGGAGCUUGAGUUCACGCAGGGUUGCCAUAAAUGGGCGUACGAGAAUGCCCCACAGUUGCUCCUGCAGGGGAAAUAA